UUCCCCAGUUUCCAGAUUCCCAGACAAGAAGGAAGUAGAAAUAAGGAGAACCAUCGUUAUACUUUUGAGCGCCAAAAAAAUGGUUCGAUGGCUACCUUUAGAAUCAAAUCCGGAUGUUAUGAACAAGUUUGUCACAGGCCUUGGUAUGAAGCCAAUGUGGAGCUUUGUUGAUGUUUUUGGACUUGAUCCUGAGUUAUUGGCUAUGCUACCUGAGCCGACAUGUGCAUUGCUUCUUCUCUUUCCAACGAGUGACAAGUAUUAUGAGUACAAGACAGAGCAAGAACAGAUGGUCAAGGAACAUGGCCAGGAGGUAAGCCCUAAUUUGUACUUCAUGAAGCAGACGGUUGGAAAUGCAUGUGGAACAGUGGCUAUAAUACAUUCCAUUGCUAACAACACAGAUGUACUUGAGUUUGAGGAUGGCUUUCUUAAGAAAUUUAUAGACUCUACCAAAUCACUGUCUCCAGAUGAAAAAGGAAAAAGGCUGGAAAAUGAUGAGAAUAUCAGUGAAGCGCAUGAAGCUUCUGCUCAGGAAGGGCAGACUGAGACCCCAUCUAUAGACCAGCGUGUUGAUCUUCAUUUCAUCUCCCUUGUUCACAAGGAUGGUUGUUUAUAUGAGCUAGAUGGGAGGAAAUUGUUCCCCAUAAAUCAUGGAAAGUCAUCUCAAGAAACCUUCUUACAGGAUGCAGCUGAAGUAUGCAAAGAGUACAUGAAAAGAGAUCCUACGCAACUCAAUUUUACAAUUGUUGCGUUGUCCUGUACUGCUGAGACUCGGUGAAUUGAAAACACUCUAAUUAUGUUUUGAAAGAGAAGAAAAUUAAAUUAUGAAGACAUCAUUUGCUAGGUUGUUUUUAUCUCAAAGAGCAAGUCACUGUGCAAAAGCUACAAUUUUUUUGGUUUGUGUAAAUGAAGCUAUUAGAGUUAAUUCAAACUGAGAAGAUAAAAUUGUGUUGUAAAGAA